AUGACGGAUCCCGCCAAAACCGGAACGGGCGGCAAGACUCCGCCAUUGCUCGACCUGCCGGAAGACAGGCGCACGUCAGACCGCCAGGCCUCACCGGUGCGUUUGUCCGCGGAGCUCACGCUCAAAGUGCAGACUCAGAUGAACCGCAUCGAAACGGUGCGGAUCAUCAGCAAAACGUUGCCAUCCACUGUUGAUGACACGUCGGUGGAUGAGGUCCUCCAGAUCUUGAUCCAGCUCGAGAAAGUGCACAAAGCGUUCCUUAAGGAACACGCCUAUUUCGAGGUUUCAUGGCCGGCGGCGCUCAUCGCUCAUGAGUACUUCUCAAAAAACGCCUUCGCCGUGGAAGCGCGAGAGUGCAUAGCGGCUCGUCGCUCUCUGGCGAAGCUCAAGGGCGCACUGGCGGAAAGGCUUGCUCCGAAGGCAGCGUCUGAAGCGGCGCAGCCCUCACAGUCUCAACAGAGACUGCCGGACAUUACUAUCCCGUUAUUCAAAGGCGAGUACGGGGCAUGGCCCACAUACCUUGAUCUUUUCAAGGCUGUCAUUUAUGACCAACCGCUCACCGACGUGGAGAAACUCCAUUAUCUGCGGCUCUUGUUGGAAGGUCCACCUGCUCAGCUCAUUUCCGGACUGUCUCUUACCGCCGACUCGCUCAAACCAUCCUGGGAGAUGCUCGUCGAUCGAUACGAGAAUAAGCGCCUGCUCAUUCAAUCAUACCUCGACCAGCUCUUUGCCAGCUCAACACUGGUGCAAAAAAACGCCGCAGCAUUGGACAAGCUGCUCACUACCUUCAAGGAAGGAAUAAAGGGCCUGCAAGCCUUGGGCAUCUCACAAGACCUGGGAGACUGCAUCCUGGUGUACCAGCUGUCCAGGCAGCUGGAUCGCCAGACGAAGGAGCAGUGA